GUCAGGUGUUGUCAGUUGAGUUGUGGGCGUGACAGUAACCUGCACCACCUGCACAGAGGCAGAUAUUAUUUGUACAUCAUGUAGGUUCAGUGAAAGACAUGAGUCUUAAUGAAAACACACUUGUGAGCACCAGUGGUCCCCAAAGUGAAUGUUAGUAAACAUGGCCCAAAAAUGGCAUAGUUGUAAAAGUGUGUUAUUCUUCACCAUGAAAGGUAUUAACCAGCAGUGAUGCAGUGAUGAAUAAUCACUGUAAGUUGCUUUGAAGAAAACCAUGUGCAGAAUGAAUAAACGUAAAUAUAAGAAUAAAGAAAUUCAGCACUUACGUAAACUAAUUCAAACCCCUAUGAAGUGUCUCCCGCUGCACAGAGAAGUAAUCUUUUCCUUUUUCCGGCAGAAAUUAAACGGCAAGACAGUGUUGGCACUCUACAAUGUUCCGAACAUCAUUGAGGCCACCUUCAGGCCUCUUGCCUCGGCACGGUUGGACUGGAACCAGAGCCACUGUAGAUCACUGGGCCUGGCGCCAUCUCCAGAAGAAGCUACUGAGGAGCACCACUUGUUGGAGUCCAUUGCCUGGCCAGAAUCCCCAGGCCCACUGCUUCCACUACAGAAGAGCAGUGACCCUGCCCACAGCUUCUUCACCAUUUGGCCAGCAGACAGGGAGUGGCACGUGGGCGAUCAGCUACAGGUGCUGGUUCAUAUGCGAGACUUCCAAGGCCAUCCUAAACACCAUGGCGGUGAUUUCUUGCUGGCCCGGCUAUACUCACCUAAGCUGGGCGCAGGUGUAGCUGGACAUGUGGUAGAUCACCAGAAUGGGUUGUACUCAGUGCUGUUCUGGCUGCCAUGGGAGGGCCAAGCGUACAUGAAGGUGACAAUGGUGCACUCCAGCGAGGCGGUACGAGUGCUGAAGCGUCUACGUGAGGAGCGCCCUGACCGCGUGUACUUCAAAAGCCUCUUUCGCUCUGGUCCCUUCUCAGAGACCACCGUCUGCAAUCUGUGCCUUCCAUCCCACCAGCCACUCUGCAACUAUACGAACAGUCGCACAGGAGAACCCUGGUUCUGCUACAAGCCAAAGCUGCUGAGCUGUGACGUGCGUGUCAGCCAUGCCAAGGGUGGGUACCAGAAGAACCUGCUCACCAGGAAAGAGGAGCUUCUCUUCCAGAGCAAUGUUAACAUCAAGGUUUCCAUUCCUGCAUUGGGGCCAGACCAUAUAACUGUGCUGCCCGAGAGCAAAGCAAAGCCGGAGAAGGAGAAGAGCGGGGUUGUGAAGUUUCUUCCCUCUGGGUUCUACUAUAACCACGUGUGGCAGACCACCAGCAGGGCCCCCCUGCGCCAGUUCCUCGACACAUCUGCCAUCACGCAGUGUCUGCAAGGGAAAGCGGUGCUCAUUUUUGGAGACUCCACUGCGCGUCAGUGGUAUGAAUACCUUAACGCCGCAGUCCCAGACUUGAAAGAGGUUAACCUGAACAGUCCAAAGAACGUGGGCCCCUUCAUGUCAGUGGACAUCGUGCACAACAUCCUGUUGAAGUACCGCUGCCAUGGUCCGCCUAUUCGGUUCUCCACUGUGGCCGCCAGCCAGCUGCACUACAUAGCCGACGAACUAGAGGAUGUGGCGGGCGGCCGUGACACAGUCGUCAUGGUGAGCGUGUGGUCGCACUUCAGCACCUUCCCGGUGGAAGUGUACAUCCGGCGUUUGCGUGCCAUCCGCAGAGCGAUCCUGCAUCUGCUGCAGCGCGCCCCGGACACGCUGGUCAUAGUGCGCACAGGCAACCCGCAGGCCCUCAACCAGGAGGUCAGCCUGUACAACAGUGACUGGUUUUCCCUGCAGUUUUAUGUUGUGCUGCGCAGCAUGUUCCAGGGACUCAAUGUGGUCCUGGUGGACGCGUGGGAGAUGGUCGUGGCCCACCACCUCCCGCACGAUCUGCACCCGCCGCUGGCCAUCAUUAAGAACAUGAUUAAUGUCAUUCUUUCGCAUGUGUGCCCUGACAAGAGCUGAAAGUCCAACCACUUUUCUGCUGCCCUCAGAACUUUGCAUUUUUACUGUGCAUUUCCACUGUCCCAGAGAAAUUAAAUGACAAUUUAUGGGAAAAAAUGAAAGUAGAUUGUUUUCAAUUGGACUCAGUCCCCUAGUAAAUUAAUUAUCUUGAAUGAAUAAAUACGAAGUACGACAAAUGGUUUCUGUUACAGUUUAACUUCAUGAAAUUAAAGUAUUACUCAGCAAGGUCUGGAUACUGUAAGUACCGAAGUGGCGUUGUCCCUAUAAAUUGGCACACAUUCCACAGGUAACCUCUUUAAGGAACCCCGGUUGUUUCAUGCUAUCUAAAGUGUACGUGUUUACCUCUAGGCAUUGUAAGCACGGUUUUUAGUUUGUUCAGUUGAUUUGUUGUAUUACAGUGUUGAAUUCUAGUAUUGCUCUUUGAAGUGGCGAUCGUGGCAAUCACGUUUUGCUGGUUUUCAUGUUGGGCGAAAGUUGUUGCUGUGUGAGGAGUGAGAGGCACAUUUACAUUUACAUUUAUUCAUUUAGCCGACGCUUUUCUCCAAAGCGACGUACA